AUGAUCUCGGGAUUAAUUAUAUUGUUGUUUCGAGGGGUUACCGCAUCAAUUUUCGAACACACGAGCCUAGGGCGAGAAACGUGGAGCCAGGAAUGGUGGUUGAUAGAGGAAUCCCACCUCCCAGGGAAUUCGAUUCUUACUGUGCACAAUGAAGGGAUUCAGGGUGCUUCGAAACCUGCUCACUUUCACGUUUUGUAUGACGACAGUAACUGGACAUCGGACGCUUUGCAGUUGUUCACCUACCACCUAUGCUAUGCGUACAUGAGGUGUUCGCGUAGUGUCUCGUAUCCAGCACCAACUUAUUAUUCUCACUUGGCUUCAUUUCGUGCCCGUGAAUGGUUAUUAGACGUAGAGAAGCCAGAGAUUCUAUUGGAUGGUGGUCGUUUUAAAGUUCACAGCAGUCAAGUUGACGGGAUGUUUUACUUCAUCUAUACAUCCUAUGAAUUAAAGCACCAUACACUUAAUCGUAUUGAUGCGAUCAGUUCUAGUGUUGUAGAGCUAAACAGGAACAUAUCUGUGAGAAGUCACGUUCUGUUUGAACUUUCAACUGAUGAACUCCGGCAAUUCGAAGAAUGCGUUUCUUGUGUCAUCGGGAAACAGUCCCAGUCUGCUAACCUCAAGCAUCUUGACAGCCUCAAGCAGGUAGUGGCAGAAAACAGAUUUCUGACUGAUCUCAAUAAAUAUGUAUUUAAUUAUUCUUCCGUCACUCUUUCUGAAAUUCAACUACAAGGCCACAAAUUCUGUAACAGUUCGUCCGAAGUCAACAGAGUGUAUACUCAAGUGCAAUUUGAAAAUCUUAUUAAUCAGACCAGCGAUCUGACACCCACAUCACCUGAGGAAUUCCAACACCUUAAAUCCACAGUUCUUGAUUGCUAUCAUCAGUUUACUAGUUCAAGACCUAGCUGGAAUAAUCUUCUGACUAAAGAGCAUAUAGACCAACUUAAAGAACUAGAGAAGAAUGGCGAUAUUAGCAUAUGCCGUCCGGACAAAGGUGGAGGUGUUGUAGUUAUGAAUCGCCGAGAUUAUAAUGGCUGAAAUCUCAGCGAUCCUCUAUGAUCAAAUGAAAUUGGCCAAACCCGAUGGCAAAAAGAAUGAGACUCAUCUAAUUGAAAAUCAACUGGUCGAUGUCUUAAAGAAGAUGAGGAAUAAGUCAGUCAUCUCGUCAGAAAUAUUUGAAAGCAUCCGACCAGUAGGCUCCAUGAUACCACGUUUGUAUGGACUACCGAAAAUUCAUAAGACAGGAUUACCCCUCCGUCCGAUCCCGAUAUGGCGGGUUCUACUUAUCACGGAAUCGCUCAAUAGCUAGCUGAAAUACUGGAACCAGUCAGAAGGGGAAUAAAUGCAUGAAGUUAUUCAGCGAAACCUUCAAAAGUAUCCGGAAAUAACUUUGUCGACAUUCCAAGUGUUUGGUGGAAGAAACCGGAAAAGAUCUUAUGGAAUUGGGGAUUUGUUUCAGUGAUCGGAACGGAGAUGCAGUAAUGGUGAACAAAGGAGUGAUUCCCCGUACAGCGGAUCAUUGUGAGGGCUCUUCCUGUCUGCAUUGGACUGGCAUUGCUAGCAGUGGUACUAGUCAAAAUCUUCUCAAGCCUGGUUCAACUGCAUCAUUGGAUUCAUGUUUUGGGAUGUUUAGAGCAUUAUGAGUUAAUCGUUUGAAAACCUUCUUGUACAUAGCCUGAAAGAUGCUAGAUUUCUGUCGUUGCGUUCUUAAUUGCGUUGUUCUUAAUUCCAACGGAAUGUAUGUUAUUCAUGCGAAUGAUUGAAUGACAAAUGUAAAUACAUGUGUACGUGGAUAA